AGCGGAGAGCAGGAGGGAGGCGCUAACACAGAGGAGCGGAGAGACAUACUCUCGGGUUCUCUCCAAAUGACUGUGAGACUGCUGUGCUGUUGCGAACUCCCUGGUGAUAAGUGUAGCUUGCCAGAAAGGCAACUGGAGCCUCUUCUGUGCCGGACAGUUCUCUCCCUCCGAGUCCUGACUGCGGAUGGCUAUGUUUGUGGUGGGACUUCGGCGCUUGGCUGUCACAUGAGCUGAAAUGGAGAAUGGUCGUUAACAUGAAUUCUGUGCACUCUGCUGGCGGUGGAGGCGACAACCGAUCAUCUCCGGAGCCCCUUUUCUACGACACCAACUUUACCAGUAAUCUCUCAAACGUGACUUCCCAGAACGGCACCUCACUGUGCCCGAGUAAAGGCGCUGUGCUCGGGCUGGUCCUGGUUCUCUUCAUUUUAUUCGCGCUGGUCGGUAACAUUUUAGUCAUCCUCUCGGUAGCUUUCAACCGGCACUUACAGACAACCACCAACUACUUUAUCAUCAACCUAGCGAUCGCAGACUUGCUCCUCAGCACCACCGUGUUGCCUUUCUCAGCUACACUGGAGAUCAUAGGCUACUGGAUAUUCGGAAGGAUUUUUUGCGAUAUUUGGGCUGCAGUUGACGUGCUCUGUUGUACUGCCUCCAUCAUGAGCCUGUGUGCCAUUUCAAUCGACCGUUAUAUCGGGGUUCGGUACUCCCUGCGUUACCCUUCCAUUGUCACCGAGAAGAAAGCAGUGCUGGUCGUGGUUGGGGUCUGGGUCUUGUCCAUAGUCAUCUCCAUCGGCCCCCUCUUGGGUUGGAAGCAGCCAGCGCCUCCUGAUGAGACUGAGUGCCAAAUCACGGAAGAUGCUGGCUACGCUCUCUUCUCGUCCCUUGGCUCAUUUUAUAUCCCUUUGACUGUCAUCCUGGUGAUGUAUGCCAGGGUGUACAUUGUAGCCAAGCGGACAACCAAGAACCUCGAGGCCGGGGUGAUGAGGGAGACAUCAAACUCCAGCGAGCGAGCUUUGCGCAUCCAUUGCAGGAAUAUUCAGGACGAUUCCAUCGUCUCCCGGUCCAAAGGGCACCACUUUAGAAGUUCCCUCUCUGUCCGCCUUCUCAAGUUCUCCAGAGAGAAGAAGGCCGCGAAGACGCUUGGCAUUGUCAUGGGCAUGUUCAUCUUGUGCUGGCUGCCAUUCUUCAUCGCUCUUCCCCUUGGUUCAUUCUUUCCGUCCUUGAGGCCAACUGAAACUGUCUUCAAAGUAGUAUUUUGGCUGGGUUACUCGAACAGUUGCGUAAACCCUAUUAUUUACUCUUGUAAUAGUAAAGAAUUUAAACGUGCUUUUAUCCGGAUUCUGAAAUGCCAGUGUCAUCGUAGGAGGCGACCAACUUGGAGGGUUUACAAUUACAACUGGAAGAUUAAUUCUUUUGAUCAGCAAAGGAAAGACUCAGUGGAUGGUGGCUCUGUUAUUUUCAAUGGCAAUGACAGAAGGUCAUCAUUGAAUUCCAAUCCCUGCUUCAGUGAUAAAAGUAAGGCACAGAGCUUAGAGAUGUGGAACCUAAGGGACUGGAGGCUGUUCCCUACCUUUGGCCAUUCUUCCUUGCAGGCCAAUGAACCAAAAGAACAAUAUGAUUCACCCAGAAAUAUCAUCAAUGGAGAGUACAGAGUCUGUACUACUUCAACUACUCUUACAACGCAAAACAUGAAUUUUGGACAACAAGCAAUAGCGGAAGAAUUUCAACAGAAUGUUCAGAGUCAUGAUAUAACAGAUAUUUAACAAAAGCCAACAUUUGCAUUUGUAAUGACUUGUGAUAAUGCUGUGUUGCUGUAUGUUAUAUUGUUUACAGUGGUAUAAAUGCACGUAAUAUAAUUGCUACAUAAACGUUUUAUUCUCAGUUUGAUAUGUGUACUUAUUUAUUAUUUCAGAUCUAUAUUUCCAUGGAAGCCUUAUAUCCUCAGAAAGAUGCUUAUUGCCUACAAUGCAUAGUUUGCAUUUAAACUAAAUGUUUUGUUUGUAUAGGUCAGUGAUUUAGUCUAUAUUUCAGUCUAUGUAUUAUAGUCCAUGUUGAAUAAAGAGUGUCCCCUAGAAAA